UUAAUAAUCCCUUGGCUCGAUCAACUGAAGUGUUGGACGCAGAUGUCAGCUGAGAGCAGACGACACGUCAUGACUAGAACAUUACGUCAUUGCGAACCCAAACAAGACAAGCAUGAGGAGGACCUGUGCUUAGUGUUUUCGAGAUAAAGUAAUGUAAAGAUGUCUAAGGAUCUACAAAGCAACCCCUUUGCUGCGCUGUUCAGCACUUUAAAAGAGGCCGAGCAGUUUCAGUCAGAACACCAGAAGCAGCAGAAUGAUGAUGACAAUGAUUCACAGUCUGUGCUUCAGCAGCCUGGGGAAAGAGAAGAGCCUUCAAGAACCAGUCCAGUGGAUGGUGAUGCUAUAACAUCCUUCCUGGAGAGCCUCCUCCUAGUUACAACGAGGGAAGGACGCCACUCCCGUCCUCUUGUCCUACUACCUGAUGCAGGAAAGCUAGACACCGAAUCCCUCCAGUUUGUCAUGUUUGAGAGACUUCUGCUGGAGUCCCCAGAUGCCUGCUUGGUUGGCGAUUCAAACAGAGGGAGGGAAGAGGCUGCGAGGUCUGAAGUUGUGGUAUAUCUUUGUGAGGUAUACUAUAGGUGCUGGGCAGUCCGUAGUAGUCCACACUUCCAUCUAGCUCAACAGGUACAAGCUGCAGUUAUUACAAACCUGGCCACAGCCUUAGAACAGCCAGAAUUGUAUGGAGGACAGCAACCUGAUCGCCAAUUAAUUGAUGUCCUGCUGAGAGGCUUGGGUCGAGAGGCCGCUGUCGAGGACUUAACUCAGAAACUCCUCAAUCACCUUGCUGAUCAGGGAACUCCUGUGCCUCCAUUGUUUGAUGAGGUUAUAGUUAAUAUCACCAAAAAACUAAUGCAUUGUUCACUCAUGACAGUUGACUAUCAACUUGUGGAUGUUUUGGACUUUUAUGCAUCUUGUCCUCACAUAGCAGAAAUUCUCACCAAAACCCCAGACAAAGUAACACAGGACCGUUCUGGCCGAGGAUACCAAAACACGCCCCUAGGUGCUCUCCUGUCUAUAUCAUGCCUCCCCAAGCAUCCUGCGGGACAGUUUGAGUUUUUUGAGAAGCCAUCCUCACAACCGAACCACACCCAUAAAGACACAGAGAACAGCAUCUGGAUAGCACAGAACACAAUUAAUGCCAGGCUUCAUAAGAUAUUCUAUUCCCUUUUGAAGGUAUCACCGAAGGCAAAAGACGGACUCUUAACCUGGGUAGAGUCAUGCUUGGAAUCAAACAGCGGUCGUGCUGGAUUGUGGCACGUACAAGGAGGAAACCCUCUAGCAGCUGCUGUGUAUGUGUCUGAUGGCUUUAUGGUCAACCUGGGGGUGGUGAUGCUACAAUUAGCACAGCCAUUCACUCAAGACCUCAAUACUGCAAAGUUUUUAAAGAUUGACCCAACAUACUGUUCAGCUCCAAGAAUGAAUAAUGAGAAUGGCGUUGUAGGUGCGUAUACUGGAGAUUUAGGGCGACAGACCACCCUCAUCCCGCAGCAAGAAGACAAGCCACCUUUACACCCUAAGCAAUAUUCCUUUAUCAGUUCUUGCUUCUUCCUAACUCACCGAGCUCUUCACCUUGGGGUUCAGGUGGUGCAACAGAAGCUUCACAAGCUGUCUCAGGAAUUAGGACGGAUGCAGCAUGAGUUGCAAGAAGCUUCUGCUCAAGGUUCCCCGGCAACAGAGAUGAUGCGCUCGCACAUGGAAACACGCACCACAAACCUCCUUUCCUUUAAGGCAGCAAUAUUUGAACCUGUAAUGGUAGAAAAUUUAUUACAGUUCUUAGCAGCCACUGCUGAAUGGCUGGUACAAAUAGCCCUCACCCCACAAGAUCAACCUACUCUACCUACCAGCUUAAGAGAAGUAAAAGCUCCACUGCCAGAGGAAGUGGAAAACCACAUCUAUCUUGCUUGUAUUCCAGAAUUUUUGGUUGAGACGCUGACAGAGACAAUCAGUGCUGUGAGACGAUAUAGUGCCCAAGUUUUUGAGAGCAGUACUGGUACUCAAGUGCUGCCACAUCUAAUGUCUUUCAUAAUUGUCUUCAUGGGUUCCCCGCAUCGCAUGAACAACCCACAUUUGCGUGCACAUUUGGCAGAGUGUUUGGAGACACUUUUACCAGAGAGUACUAACACUGGAGGACUGUUGGCUGGUUAUAGAGAACAGCUAUUUACAGCCCACCCAGCAGCCUCACAUCUUGUAACAGCUCUCAUACAUGUGUUUGUUAGUAUUGAAAUGACAGGACAGAGUGUCUCAUUUGAAGAUAAAUUUAACUACAGAAGACCCAUGUAUGAGGUCAUGAAGUAUCUUUGGGAAUCCCCCAAACACAGAAAGAGCUUCACUCACCUGGCAGAUGAAGCCCUUGCCAACAUGGAAGCAGCUAAGCCGCCCUUAUUCUUACGCUUUGUUAACUUGCUAAUGAAUGAUGCUAUCUUCUUACUGGAUGAGGGGCUGUCUUAUAUGUCACAGCUAAGAGAGAGUCAGAUGGAAAGAGACAAAGGCGACUGGGCAUCCCUCCCCACAGAGCAACGAGCAGAGCGUGAACGCAACAUGCAGCACAUGAUGCUGCUUGCUCGCUUCCACAACAUGUUAGGUGGUCACACUAUAAAAACUCUGAUCAGGCUUACCAGAGAGAUUCCGCAAAUGUUUACCCAUUCCACUUUAGUUGACCGUAUGGCUGCUAUGCUUAACUAUUUUCUAUCCACUCUUGUUGGGCCCAAGCAAAGAAAUCUAAAGGUCCGUGACAUGGAAAAGUAUGAGUUUCGCCCGGGAGAGAUAGUCACAGACAUCUGUACUAUUUAUACACAUCUGUUUUCCGAUGCAGCAUUCUGUUUAGCUGUAUCUGCUGAUGGGAGGUCAUAUUCACCAAAGUUAUUCUCACAAGCACAAGAUGUGUUAUGUCGCAUUGGUCGUAGGGGUCUAGCAGAAGAGCUACAGACUGUGGCAGAGAAGGUAGAAGAGGCUGGACAAGUACAAGCAGAAGAGGAUGACAUAGUGGCUGAUGCUCCAGAAGAGUUCCUUGACCCCAUCAUGUCUCAUCUCAUGACUGACCCUGUCAUCCUUCCAUCAUCAAAGCUAACCUGUGAUCGCCAGACCAUUGCACGACAUCUGCUUUCUGACCAAACCGAUCCUUUUAAUAGACAACCUUUGACCAUGGAAGAAGUUCAGCCAAACACUGAACUAAAAAACAGAAUUGUUACUUGGCUUGAAGAAAUGCGAUCCAAGAGGAGAAAUAUGCAGAAGGAAAAAGAACUCAAAGAAUCUUGAAAUACAAAAAGAGAUUAGUGGACUUUGCAGAUUGAACAGAUUUGGGAUACAAGGUAGAUACAAGGGUACCUGAUUAUGCAAAUUACAUUACAAAUUCAGACUAAGGCAAAGUUUUUCAUAAAUGUAAUACAGAUUCAUGCAUUGCAAGACCUGAGGAUAUAUCAGUGUUCAGCAGGCCCCCCCCCCCAAAAAAAAAUACAGUACAGUAAAUUUUAACAUAUGAUGCAAAUGGGUACCUCUGACUGCAGUGUCAAAUACAAGUCCCAGUGUAAUGAAAAUAUAAUUAUUUUCUUGUUUACAAUAAAAAUCUGUACAGUAAUAAGAGAAAGGAGAGCUAAAUGUAUAUUAGGGAGAAUUGCAGGAUAAAACUAUUAGGUAAACAAUAAAAAUACCAUAGAAAUGAGGAAUUGAUCAUCUCAUUAAAUAUCGGUGUCCAUAGGUAUGUGUAAUGUUUCAGAAAGACCUUUUUCAGUUAUUUGUAUAUACGUGUGUGCAUAUGCAUUAUAUUUGUUUCUUCUGUAUUUGAGUUUUUAAAAAGUUUGAUGUAUAUUACUCAUAUGAAAGUAUAGUGAUAUGACCUUGCAUUUUGUACUUUUACGAAUGAAGAAUUCUGUUGGUUUUCAUAUUGGAAACUAACCAGCAUAUUUGAUACUAUAUUGUAAUCCCUGCUAUCCACAUUUUUUUGCAAAAAUGCACAAGCUAACAUCUUUAUUUUUUGUAUAUGAUAUUGUAUAAAUCAGACAGGAGUCAUACUGAAA